ACAAAAUGUAUUAAAAUUGGAUAAACAAUAAUUACGAAGAAAACAUUAUUAACAAUUAACAAUCACAAAAAGAAUCAUGUUAAGCGACAGAACUUGUGAAAAAUAUAAAGAAUGGAAAAAAGAACAAAAACAUUUAAAGGAUAUGAAAAAGAAGAUAAAAAGAAAAUCUAAAAAAGUGACAACAGAUUGUAUCGAGGAAGAAAAGAAGGCAAAGACUAUUAUCAAAAUUCGUUAUCGUAAAUGUAAAAAAAAUGGGAAAGGAAAAGGACGAGAAGAAAAAGGGAUAUUUAAACCAAAGCCAAUUUCUUCAAUUGAUUUAUUAUUAAAAAAAAUUAAACCCUCAUUAGAAGUUAGACAUCAAUUUUUAUAUCCUCGACACAUACAUUGCUUUAUCGAAUCAUUACCAGAAAUCGAUUUGGUAGCUUCGAAAGAAAUUGCGCAACGAGAAAAAAAGAAAACCGAGCAAAAGUAUCUUAAAAGAAGGAAAAAAAGAAAGCGAAAGAAAAAAAUUUCUGAAGAGGAAAAGACGAUCGACCGUAAAGAAGAAACAAAGUUACAAGAAAAUUCUGCUGCAACAGCUAAUGAAGAGAGCAAUGAAACGAAAGAGGAAACGGCAAACGAGAAAAUUACAGAAAAGAAAAAGAAAGACAAUGAACAGAGUACAGAGAAGAAACGAAAAAAAAUCAAGAAGAAAGAUAAAUUCUGGUGCAAAAGAUAUCAGAAAAAAAUCGAAUCUGAAUCUGAAGAAAGCGAAUGCGAGAGUAUAUGUUCAUACGAUAGUGAAAUUUGUCUCAAAGGAUUAGCAUUAACCGUAGAAGAUAAAAAGAAAAUUGAAGAAAAUCGUCAACGUGUCCAAAAUUCGUCCAAGGGAUAAAUCAGAUUUCGUCUAACGACAAAAAAAAAGAAAAGAGAAAAAAAGAAAAAUAAAUAAAAAAAAAAA